UAUAUUAAAAAAAAAAAAACAUUGGAUCUUAUCUAUUCCUAUAUUACAAAAGAAAAUAAAUUCCAUAUUAUCACAGUGUUUUAACCAAAGCGUUGUGCUACCAAUCAUUUUGAAGGAGCACAUUGACGUCGACGUAUGCACUAGUAUCCGCAGAGUUUGACGGUCGACACGCGCCGAUUGUUGUUUAUGCAGGAAGUCAUUUGCAUUUGCUCUGCCUUUACUAUGAUGACGCUUUUGUAAUGAUGCGGAAUGUGGAAUUUGUGCUGGUCGCACCCAUUUGACGUCCAAUUGGGGCCAACGCGGUAGCGUUUGAUGCCCGAAGACGACCCGGACCUGCGCUCCGCUCCGCUCCGCUAGGUGGCGGCGAUGCGCCUGAAGGCUUGAAGGAGGAAGCGCGACGAGCGACUCUCGCACACUCAGCUCAGCGGCACGUCGACAGCCGACAAGCCGACAAGCGAGACACUCGCCGGCAAAAAGUCCGCUUCGUCCGUUGGUUCUUCGCAGAUGGCGGACGAGAGCACGCGCGCGGCGGUGUCUCAGAUCCCGCUGCUCAAGACGCACGCUGGCCCGCGGGAGCGCGCGCUGUGGCCGCAGCGCCUCAAGGAGGAGUACCAGGCCCUCAUCCGCUUCGUGGAGAACAACAAGGCGGCCGACAACGACUGGUUCCGGCUCGAGUCCAACGCGGACGGCACGCGCUGGACCGGCACGUGCUGGUUCGUGCACGAGCUGCUGCGCUACGACUUCCGCCUGGAGUUCGACAUCCCCGUCACGUACCCGGACACGGCGCCGGAAGUGGCGCUGCCGGAGCUGGACGGCAAGACGGCCAAGAUGUACCGCGGCGGCAAGAUCUGCCUGACGGACCACUUCGCGCCGCUGUGGGCCCGCAACGCGCCGCGCUUCGGGCUGGCCCACCUGGUGGCGCUCGGACUCGGGCCGUGGCUCGCCGUCGAGGUCCCGGACCUGAUCGCCAAGGGGCUCGUGGUGCACAAGGAGCGGCCGCCGAAGUGACGUCACAAUUCCUACCUGGCGUCAUCGAAUAAAACCAGCAACUGCA